UCUCCCGUUCCCCCCGUCGCCCUCGCCCCCCUACCCCGAGGGCGCCGCCGCCAUCCGCGCCUCGCGCCGGCUGCCGCAACCCGCGCAGCCCCGCCUCCCGCCACCGGCUGCCACCCGCGUGGCCCCGCCUCCCGCCGUCGCCUCCGCCGCCUGCUUCUGGGCGCCUGGGGCUCUGGGCGAGCACGCGCCUCCCGUGUCCCGCCGGGCGCUGUGCGCGGGCACGCGGCCGCGGCAAGCGACAAACCCGGUGCGCCGGCACCUCCCGCCGUCCCGCGCACCUGCACGGGCGCACGGCCGUCACCUGCAGCCCCAACCAACACUGGCAGUACUGCUCACUGGUGUCGGGUUUUGUGAUUUUGUUAUGGACGACAAGAGUAAAGUCAAGAAGGAAAUAAAUGCCCCCCUUGGAGCUCCUCCUCGAAAGGGAGGACUAAAAUUUGCACCUAAAGUACCUGUGAAGAAAGCCGCUAAGGUUGUCCCGAAAAAGGAACCAGUUGAGGAUAGCAAGGAUGAAACCGUCGAUAAGGAAUUGUUGAUGAAACUUAAGACAUCACAGGUUACAGAUCCCUUUGCAAGAAGAGUUAAAACUGAGGAAAAACCAAAAAGCCGAACAGAAGUUGCAUUUGGACAAGGAAAUUCUUCUUAUGCAAGAUCUUUUCGUAUCCCAAAAAGUUCUUCAGGUGAAGCAAAGUUACCAAAAGAAUAUGCAGAGCCAUGGGACUAUACCCAUACUGAUUAUCCUGUUUCUCUCCCACUGAGGAGGCCCUACUCUGGAAAUCCUGAAAUUCUUGACGAGGAAGAAUUUGGAGAAUCUUCUGCCAGCAGAGCUCAAGAUGCUGAAUUAACCGCAGCAGAAGAGCUUGGGUUAAUGGAUCGGUCAGAUGAAUCACAAUUGCUCUUGUUCCAGUUGCCAUGCUCUCUUCCUUUACCAAUGCAGCCACAAUCAGUUACUGAGCCUAAUAAAGGCUCUGAGGAGAGACGUGAGGACGUGAGGCCAUCAUCGCAGCGUGGCUCGGAACUCAAGGACCUUCCUGCAGGUUAUAUGGGGAAGAUACUUGUAUAUAGGAGUGGUAAAGUGAAAAUGAAGAUUGGAGACGCACUCUUUGAUGUUUCUUCUGGCUCCAAUUGCAAGUUUGUCCAGGAAGUUGCAGCAAUUAACACCAAUGAGAAGCAUUGCUGCACGGUGGGGGAGAUCAGCAAGCGUGCUGUUAUCACCCCCAAUAUUGGCUGUCUGCUGGGUUCUGCUAACAAGAUGGAAGAGUAGUCCAUUCAUUUCUUUUCCAUAAACCAUGGCCAUAUCCCAUAUGCCAUAUUGCAAGGGAGUUUUGUUUCUUCAAGAUAACAACUUGAGAGUUUAAGGUCCAAAGCUUAGAUCUAGGAGAAAAGAGUCACAGGAGAUAACAAUUUUGAUGUUAAACAAAUUAAAUAUGAAAAAACAAUGAAUCAGAUACGAGGUCUCGAACAAAGGAGGCAGUUGCAAAUAGGUCAAUGUUGAGCUGAGGGGUAAACAAACUUUUAUGUAUCAAAGGUAUCUGUCCGGCUUUAUUGAAAGGCGAAAGCAUGAACUCAAGUUGGGGAUCCCAGCUGACAUAUGCGCUUUUUGUCUA